GUUCUUUCCCUCGUCGCUUUUAUUGAACCGUCAGGUUAGGUUUAUGGUUAGAUAGGGUUUCCUUAUCUCCUAUAAAUAGAGAUGUAACCUCAUUUAGAAAAUCAAUGAAUAAACAACUCAAACCCUAAUUCCUUCUCCCCUCUCGGUUCGCUGAUUCCCUCUUCACCUCAAUUCUUCUUCUUCUUCUUCGUCCCAUAUUCUCAAGAGCUCGAAGACGCUCCGAGUCUUCCCUAUCCGAUACGGAGUUCGUAUCAUUGGUGCUCUCAUUGAUUUGAACUCCAAAAAAAACCAAAAAAAAAACUUUUUUCUUUAGAUUUGAUCUGUCGGCGGCAAGGAUAUUUGCUCCAGGAUAUUUGCUCCUUGAAGAUUUACUUCAGAUUCAAUAAAAGGCUAUUCUGAUCUUUGGAUAAUUAAUUAUGAUCAAAGAUGGUGCUACAACCCCCUCUCUUGAUACACUCAUGGUUGAUAAUCUCUUCAAUUUAGUGGAAAUUGUUUUACGCGGAAAAAUUGAUUUUGAUGAAGGAGUGUGCUUAGUAUAUGCUCAACAUGAUGAAAUUAUUAAGACGCUCUGAUCGUUUGCUAAUACUGAGGGUCAAUUAAAUUAUGCCUCCGACCUAUCUGUGUUCGAUGUGGACAUCUCAUGUUCGAUACAGGAUUUGUUUCGUGGUCCUCCGAUUGUGCCAAGUCAAAUUCUUUUCGAGUUACAAAAUUUUAGAUCGCACGUGUUGGGCGCGCUAAAGAAUCUCAUCAGCGCUCCGCCUUCUCCACCAAGUCGGGUUGCUACAAUACUGAUAAACUGUGGGGGCACAUUGGUCCAAAUGGAGGAAAAUGUCAUCCCGCCCCUAGUGUUGGCUCUAGAAGACACAGACGGAUCAAAGGAAGCCAACAUCAAAUCUCAUGUCCGGGAUCCCAAUGAUGGCGAGUCUAAAGUCAUGAAAACACUUGACCUUGGUUCCAAUUCCAUAAACAGGUAUGAUGAUGCUAAUGGUGGGGACGCUAAGUCAACUUGUGAGCUUGAUAUUACAUCUUGUGAUUCUUCUGCACCACUCGCUUCAUUGGGUGUUGUAGACAUUUCAACAGAUCAAGCCUUGGGUGCCAACCAUCAACCCUUUGUUUUGGUUUUGUCUCACCCAAUCACGAUGCGUCACCAUUUUGAUAUCCUCCACAAAGAGCAUCUGAUUUCAGUGCGGGCAACAAGACUCGUGCAUGGCUCUAUCUCAUAUUCCUCCCAUCACAUUCUAAGAAGCAUGUUGGUUGAAAGUUGGCCAAGAAGUGGAUUUCUUCUUUGGUUUUGCACCCUCUCUCCGGUCCAAAAGCACGAGUGGGAGCCUCCACCUUGAGGACAAGGUGGUUUUCUAAGGAGGUUUUAUUAGGUGAGCGAAAUUAUAAGCUCCUUCGAGGUUUCUUUACGGUUCUUUCCCUCGUCGCUUUUAUUGAACCGUCAGGUUAGGUUUAUGGUUAGAUAGGGUUUCCUUAUCUCCUAUAAAUAGAGAUGUAACCUCAUUUAGAAAAUCAAUGAAUAAACAACUCAAACCCUA